CUACAAAGUACACAGAGGGGGAGAGCAAGAACCCCUCGAAACCCUUGCCUUUAGAUCUUUCUUCCACUGUCUCUCGUCCUCUUUUCUUGGUGUAGUAGGACUUUGGUUCUCGGCCGCCACCGUGCAACGCCGUUUUGCGGAGGUUGGGUUUUCGUUUUUCCGGGCAGAUUGAGCAAUGGGAGUGGCGAUACUGGCGGAUCUCCUGACGGAGAUCCUGAUCCCCGUGGCUGCCGUCGUCGGGAUUGGGUUCGCUUUGAUGCAGUGGUUGAUGGUGUCGAGGGUGAAGCUGUCGCCGGAGAGGCAGGGGCCCCUGGCGGGGAGCAAGAACAAGAACGACUACUCCGACUACCUCAUUGAGGAAGAAGAGGGGCUCAAUGAUCACAACGUCGUGCUGAAGUGUGCCGAGAUCCAGAGCGCCAUCUCCGAAGGAGCAACUUCGUUCCUUUUCACUGAGUAUCAGUAUGUUGGAAUUUUCAUGGUUGCUUUUGCAAUCCUGGUAUUCUUAUUCCUUGGCUCCGUGGAGGGCUUUAGCACUAAGAGCCAGCCCUGCACCUACAGCAAGGACAAAUAUUGCAAGCCUGCACUUGCAAAUGCUGUCUUUAGCACUGUGUCCUUCUUGCUUGGUGCAAUCACCUCUCUGGUAUCUGGUUUCCUUGGAAUGAAAAUUGCAACAUAUGCAAAUGCCAGAACGACUUUGGAAGCAAGAUGGGGUGUUGGAAAAGCUUUCAUUACUGCAUUCCGCUCAGGUGCAGUGAUGGGCUUUUUGCUUGCUGCAAAUGGGCUUUUGGUUCUUUACAUUGCAAUCAACCUAUUCAAGUUGUAUUAUGGUGAUGACUGGGAAGGUCUUUUUGAGGCUAUCACUGGUUAUGGUCUUGGUGGCUCUUCCAUGGCUCUUUUUGGGAGAGUUGGAGGAGGUAUCUAUACAAAAGCUGCUGAUGUUGGUGCUGAUCUUGUUGGUAAGGUUGAGAGGAACAUCCCUGAAGAUGACCCAAGGAAUCCAGCUGUGAUUGCUGACAAUGUUGGAGAUAAUGUUGGGGAUAUUGCCGGAAUGGGAUCUGAUCUUUUUGGCUCAUAUGCUGAAUCUUCCUGUGCUGCCCUUGUUGUUGCUUCAAUCUCAUCAUUUGGAAUCAACCAUGAUUUGACUGCGAUGUGCUAUCCUUUGCUUAUCAGCUCUGUGGGUAUCAUUGUUUGUUUGAUCACUACUCUGUUUGCAACUGACUUCUUUGAAAUAAAGGCAGUGAAUGAGAUUGAGCCUGCACUGAAGAAGCAGCUCAUAAUCUCAACUUUUCUUAUGACUGUUGGUAUUGCAAUUAUCAGUUGGAUUGCACUUCCAUCUAGCUUCACGAUCUUCAAUUUUGGCAACCAAAAGCAAGUGGCAAACUGGCAGCUGUUCUUCUGUGUUGCAGUUGGUCUAUGGGCUGGCCUGGUUAUUGGGUUUGUCACUGAAUACUUCACAAGCAACGCAUACAGCCCUGUGCAAGAUGUAGCUGACUCCUGCAGAACUGGAGCUGCCACUAAUGUCAUCUUUGGUCUUGCAUUGGGAUACAAGUCUGUGAUCAUUCCAAUUUUCGCUAUUGCUAUCAGCAUUUUUGUGAGCUUUAGCCUUGCUGCGAUGUAUGGUAUUGCAGUUGCUGCUCUAGGCAUGUUGAGCACCAUUGCUACUGGGCUGGCCAUUGAUGCCUAUGGCCCCAUCAGCGACAAUGCUGGAGGCAUUGCUGAGAUGGCUGGAAUGAGCCACAGAAUACGUGAGAGAACUGAUGCACUAGAUGCUGCAGGCAAUACCACUGCUGCCAUCGGAAAGGGUUUUGCCAUUGGUUCAGCUGCUUUGGUGUCCCUUGCACUCUUUGGUGCCUUUGUGAGUCGGGCAGCAUUAUCAACUGUGGAUGUUCUGACACCUAAAGUAUUCAUCGGGUUAAUUGUUGGUGCAAUGCUUCCUUACUGGUUCUCAGCCAUGACCAUGAAGAGUGUAGGCAGUGCAGCUCUGAAGAUGGUGGAGGAAGUUCGCCGGCAGUUUAACAGCAUACCUGGUCUUAUGGAGGGAAGUGCUAAACCUGACUAUGCCACUUGUGUCAAAAUCUCGACAGAUGCCUCAAUCAAGGAGAUGAUUCCGCCUGGUGCUCUAGUCAUGCUCACACCUCUCAUUGUUGGAACCUUCUUCGGUGUGGAAACCCUGUCAGGGGUUCUUGCAGGCGCCCUUGUAUCUGGCGUUCAGGUUGCAAUAUCUGCAUCUAACACUGGUGGUGCAUGGGAUAAUGCUAAGAAGUAUAUUGAGGCUGGGGCUUCAGAGCAUGCUCGGACCCUCGGCCCCAAAGGAUCGGAUGCCCACAAGGCUGCUGUGAUCGGUGACACCAUUGGAGACCCUCUGAAGGACACAUCUGGACCAUCACUUAACAUCCUUAUCAAGCUAAUGGCUGUUGAAUCUCUUGUGUUUGCACCAUUCUUUGCUGCACAUGGAGGCAUCCUCUUUAGGAUCUUCUGAGAAGAGGUGCCAGCAGGGCGAUCUUGCACUUAGAGACAGCAUCAUCAUCCCUUCUUCACCACCAUAUGUGCCUCGGCAACUUAUCCUUUCUGCUUCAUUCUCUUUGGUGUUAGGUUCAAGCUGUGCUUGAUGUAAUGAAGCUCUCAGUGUCCUUGCGUGGGCUUGGGGCGGCCAAAUUUUCCUUAUGCUAGAUAGAUGAUAAUGAUGAUGGCGAUAAUGUAAUAAUGGCUAUGACAAUCUUAGUUGUUCUUGGGACAGUCACAGAAUGUUGUUUAAAUUCUCCAUAUGAUGGUUGGACGGUUGUUGAA